AACUGUGUACACGCAAGGAAUUGACUUUUGGCUUGUCGUAGCAGAUGAGCAGAUGAGUUCAAGGUGGUGUUUGCAACGCAGGUGGUCUUGGUCACAGUGGACGAAUGUAAAGACACGACAGCGCCUCGUGCUCGCCGACGGUGCCUUUCGCUAAUCGCAGGUCAAUAACUGCCCCCGGAAAUGUUCCCCGACAGAAGCAGCCGGUGCCCAGUGCAGCGCCAGUGCCAAUAGUAUUGAGUGCCUCGCCUCGCCUCGUCCCCCAACUUUCCAGGUUUGCUUGCCACUCACUGCAUCUUGAUCUUCAAGUUCGAGUUCUCUGCCCCCACCACUAUUAUCUACCCGCGUACCUGGUACAUCAGUCAAUCUCACCCGCGCAUCUAGGGAGUGUGCCUGGCAAUCUUCUUUGUGGCGCUUGACCUCGCGCUCUGCACAUUAUCCAAGCGGUCAAGCAGUCAGAGGCCUGUUGCGGCGACGAUUUACACCUUAUGGGCGCACCUUGAACCGCGCCCUCCUCCGCCCUCACGCAGUGGUGAUGCUAGGCUCUCCCCAGAUUCCGAGAAACUUGCAGCGACAGCGGCGUCAGAUGUUGAGCUUCGUUGAAUAUGCUAGCAACAUCCCCGUCCCCUAAUCUCGAGUCCGCCGGCCCUAUAUUCUCGAGGCCGCAGUAUGAUCAACCCGCAAAGCCUCUUAACCAGACCCGACCGGCGGUGAAGCAUCACGACCCAGGCCGCAAAUACCAUUUCUCCCCCGAUCUCUCAUACAAGGCACCCCGGAACGCAAGCACAAGGUCACUAGACCGCUACAGUCCAAGCUUUCGCCCGCGAAACAUGGUCGAUAAAGGCACGCAGUGGUCUCCGCCAGGCCAGAAAGCGCCCACCCCGCCCGGGACAAAGACCCCAACAUCGACCAUCGCUGGCCUCCAGCUGACUGAAAAGGAAGAACCAAAGAGGCCCACGGGCCUGGCUCUUCAGCCAGCUCAAGCAGGAGGGGGCGAGAGAAGCCCGACCGAGUCGACCAGUACGUUGAAAAUGGCCAACGAAGGACAUGGACAGGCAAAAAGACAAGCCGUGGAAGCUGCGGCGGAAACAUCGCCAGGGCAGAACGGUGUCAAACCACCGACGGAAGACCCCAUGAGCCAAACUCCAGUAAAGAAGGCUCGGCCAGACACGCCUCCCGUUCGCUUGAUGCCCCGGCAGUAUGAAAAUUGCAACACACGGGAUCUGGUUAUCCUGAUAAGUUCGAUGCUCAUGGAACUCAUCAGAUACAAUGAUGCAAUCCCUCUGCGCGAAGGGCAAUUGACCAGAUUCCAUUCACGUGCGCCCCCUGGCAUCUCCGUCCUUGAUUACUUGCAGAGGUUGACCACCCACGCCACUCUCUCUCCGCCGAUUCUGCUGAGUGUCGUUUACUACAUUGAUCGCCUCUGCGCGUUGUACCCGGCCUUUACUAUCAGCAGCCUGACGGUGCACCGCUUUUUGAUCACUAGCGCCACCGUGGCCAGCAAGGGACUGAGUGAUUCCUUCUGGACAAACAAAACAUAUGCCCGAGUUGGCGGUGUUAGCAUGAAGGAACUUGCUCUUUUGGAACUCGAGUUUCUUACGAGGAUGGAGUGGCGGAUAGUACCAAAGCCCGAGGUAUUAUGCGACUACUACAGAUCUCUAAUCCAGCGGAAUUCUCAGUACCAGCUGGAAGACUAAUAAGGCUUAAUCCAGCCACCACAAGGGAUCCUGGAGAUGUCGAGGUGAUUAUGCAGCAUAUGGGACCUCCAUUCGUGCAAAGUGGUGCUGCACAAGGGCAGCAGAUGUGGAAAAGGAGGGAGUCAUAGCGGGACCAGAGUUUGUGUUCCAAGAUUAUGUGCAGAGCACGGCAAACGUUAUGUCCUCUCUGCGACUUGCCCCGUGCCCAAUGUGCCCAACUGGCUGGAGCCAGAAUCAAAGAGAUGCCAUUUCCGGUAGCAAAUGCAUAGCUAUAUCCUGCAGACCAAGACGAGCUUAGACGACUUGACACGAUGAUUUGAAUGGAGAGAUAAUUGCGUGACCUUUCCAGGCAGUCCACUGAUGUUCCGAAAGAGCAGACAUCGAUCGCCGUUUCUUAUGCGGAAGAGACCGGGGCUGGUCUUCCCUUAUUACUUGAUCUCACUCUUGAUCUUCCGGGGAUCCCAGAAUUGUAUAUGCCAAGAGUGCUGUUGUGUUUUGUUGGUGAGCGUAUCGUCCAAGACAAGGAAUUUUCGGUAUUGUCCGGCCUUGCUUGCGGCCCAGCCACAAAAAUAUUCUAGGAGGAUUGCAUCGCGUGCACCAACUGUGUCCUCACUCUCAGGAGAGCCUUCGUUGUGGCGGCUCUGAUAACACGUCAGAGAGGGCAGCGACAGUGUAAGGCCGGGUGGCUCAUGGAGCGAAUCAUUUGAGAGCAAGGUUUCUUCGUCAUGAUCCUGUUGCUGGGCGUUCCAAUUGUACGACUCCAUCUGCAGCUUGUGAAUCACGGAAAGCAUUCCAAUGUAACUGCCUAGCUGUCAAUAUCAAUGUCGCCGUGAGCACGCAAGCCGAGAAGACAUACCUUUGCUGAUUCUGGGAUUCACAUUCCCCCGCCUGGUUGAGUAUCCAUUCCACAGCGUCUGGGAUUAAACACAAUCUCCAGCUGUCAAACUUCCGCACCGAGGACUUUGCAAACCAUUGCAUUGCAUGGAGAGAUUCUUCCGGAUACCUUAGCAUUGCUCGCUCGGUGAUGAAAAGCGCCGUUCCUCGUGGAAAUAUUUUGGAAGCUGCACAAUAGACAAGUCCAUCAUCGCGCGGUUCGAAGGAUAGGCUGAAACAACUGAUCCGUGCCUGAGACGCCAAAUAUCGGGACAGGAGCUUUAGAUCACAAUACGAGGGAUGUUCUUCGUGGAACAUAAUUAGACCCCGUUUCGUGGCAAUUUCUUCCACCCAUUCAGACCAACCAUCUUUUUCCGCAUCGGUGUAGAUGUACCGUGGGUUGAUGUGGCUACAAAGCCACUUCUGAACUGAGUUGGCCUGUAUUGGGUGUGAUACCGUAAAGGCAAGAAAUAUAGCUAGCUUUCUUUUUGACCCAUCUUUGAUUUGAAGCAAGUCUUCCAUGUUAGUAGAGAAUAUAAUAUCGGUCAAUGGAAAAUUUGCGAGCCCAGCUCUAGCUCCUCCGAGUGCAUUCUGCAACG